AUGGAGCACCUUCCUCUCAAUGCGACGGCGUCUUGGAAAUUCCCCAGGACCGACAGUGCUCACACCCUGAUACCUCUCUCGACGAUCCCCACAGCGGUCGAUCACGAUGGCCACGGCCAUGGCCAUGACCACGAUCAUGAUAACGAUGCCGCAGAGACCGACUUGACCGACGCUGCGGCUCGAUGGCUGAAGCGCUCGGAACCCACCUAUAGACCCAUCUCGGAGCGGCGUCUCAGGUUUGAGAGUCGACGUCCGACAUGGCUUCGGGAAUGCAUCGCUGAAGCGAUUGGUGUCUUCAUCUUUGUCCUCUGCGGCAUCUCCUCCAUCACCAGCUUCACCCUCCACCAAUCCGACGACCUCGGCGUCACUGCCUUCGGAUCCAUCUUCCAGAUCGGAUGGGCGUUUGCUGUCGGCGUCGCCAUUGCCGUCAUCACCUGUGGUCCCACCUCGGGCGGCCACUUCAACCCGGCCAUCACCCUCGCCAUGGCCUUUUGGCAGGAUUUCCCCUGGCGCAAGGUUCCCUACUACAUCUUCUCGCAGAUCCUCGGUGGCUUUACCGCCGCCCUUCUUGUCGUCUGCAUGUAUUACACCAAAUUUCAGCACCUCGCCGACGAACUGAUAGCUGCUGGCAAGCCCCUCGUCGGCGGUGGUUCGCCAGCGUCUUGUCUCGCGCCCAUGCCCCACGACGACCAGACUCUUGGCUACGUCUUUGCUGCCGAGUUCUUCUCCGACGCCUUCAUCGGCCUCGCCAUCUGGGCCGCCCUCGACCCCGCGAACCCCUUCAUCCAGCCAGCCGGCCUGCCCUUUGUCAUCGGCCUCGCCUACGCUAGCAUGAUCUGGGGCUUCGGUAGCCUGACCCUCAGCACGAACCUCGCGAGGGAUCUCGGUCCGCGCAUGGUCGCCGCCAUUUUCUGGGGACGCGAGGCUUUCACGGACCACUCGUACGCGCCCAUUGGCAUGCUUGUCAAUGUGCCCGCCACGCUGCUUGCCACGGCCGUGUACGAGCUGUGCAUGCGCGACAGCUUUGCUAUUAUUGCGAAGGGACAUGCACGCCACCGUGACGGUGACGAGGGGCUGUACCGCCAUAUGAGUCGGUGCGGCAUGUUAGAUGAGGAGAGGGGGUAUUUGCAGCAUGUUACUACCCAUCGGGAUUGAAAAUGUUCGGAAGAAGUGAGGAAUUUAGACACGAUAAGACGAAGAAACGAUUCACGAUAAACCGAGUGUUUAGAUUUAGAGUAAAUUUAAUACUUAAUCCCUUUACAU